AAUCUCAAAUUUGACGGCCAUAUUGCAAAGGGUUCUCACCUCUCUCCGUCUUUGCCAACGCCCUAAGCACUCAGUUUCAGCGGUCAUCGUUGCUACCGUACGCCAGGGUACUCUUGAGUGGGUGUAGUUGGGAAAAAAAACAAAGGAUGAGGCUUCUAACUCAUAAUAUGCUUUCAUCGAAUAUUAAAGGCGUGACUAAUGGUUUCCCACUACGGAUUGAGGUGGAGAAAGUGGUGGAAAAGGAGGUGGAUUUGAACAUGGACUUUCUCAGAAACAUGUUUGCUAAGAUCGAAUGGAAGGCGUUGGUGGAGGCCUCUAGAACAAUGGGCUACUCUGAGCUACCAGACGAUGCUGAAUCCUCCAUGCUCGACUCUGAUGAGUUUCUUCGCAAGUUCCACCAUGCUCUGCUUGAGCUCCAUCUUGAGGAGGGUGCAUUGGUUUGUCCUGAGACAGGGCGUAAGUUUCCCGUCAACAAAGGGAUACCAAAUAUGCUGCUUCAUGAAGAUGAGGUCUGAUUUUCUCUUACUUGUGGGGUCUUUAGUUGUUGAGGGGACACUUGUAUUAUGAGUCAUUGGGCAUACUUGUGAGAAGACAUGACUGAAUAUUUUGAAGGAUUUGUUCUCAUUGAGGGAAAUUUGCAGGCUUAUUACUAGUGGGUUGAGAUUGGCCUUUGUUCAGUUUGUAUUUCCUGUAUCCCAGCAUGUUGGAAUCGAUUGGUUUGUCGAUUGCUAGUUAUGGAAAGUUCUAUAUAAAUAGAGGAAUUUAACCGUUUUGCUCGUUUCUAAAA